AUGUAUAUAAAGUCUAUCGUACUCGAUGGCUUUAAGUCCUACGGGAAUCGAGUGGAAGUGAGCGGAUUUGAUCCUGAGUUUAAUGCUAUCACAGGAUUAAACGGGACCGGAAAGUCCAAUAUCUUAGAUUCAAUAUGUUUUGUUCUAGGCAUUACCAAUCUUUCUAAUGUGAGGGCUGGAAGUCUCCAAGAAUUGAUCUAUAAGCAUGGUCAGGCCGGUAUAACCAAGGCUACAGUGAGCAUCACCUUUGACAAUCGUGACAAGAGGCAAUGUCCCAUCGGAUAUGAGAACCAUGAUGAAAUAACUGUAACAAGACAGGUGGUGAUGGGAGGUAAGAACAAGUACUUGAUUAAUGGCAUCAAUGUUCAGAACAAGCGGGUCAGUGACCUGUUCUGUUCCGUACAGCUCAACGUUAACAAUCCACACUUCCUCAUCAUGCAGGGUCGGAUCACUAAAGUACUCAACAUGAAGCCUCCUGAGAUAUUGUCAAUGGUGGAGGAAGCAGCAGGGACAAGAAUGUAUGAAGCGAAAAAACAAGCUGCACAGAAAACUAUAGAAAAAAAAGAUGCCAAGCUCAGGGAACUGAAUGAUAUUAUAAGGGAGGACAUCGCUCCCAAGCUGCAGAAACUGCAAGACGAACGCUCGCAGUUCCAGGAGUACCAGAAGGUGGUGCGGGAGCUGGAGAACCUUACCAGGCUCUAUGUGGCUUGGAAAUACGUAUCCGCAGAGGAAAGCGCCAAGGAAGCAGCGAACAAGGUGACGGAGGUGCAGGACGAGAUCAAAAACAAGAAAGAAAUGAUAAUGAACAAUGAAAAGGAAGCUAAAGAGUAUGACAAGAAAGUAGCCGCACUCAGUAAGAAGUUGGAUGAGGAGAGCGGCAGCGUACUGAGGGUGCUGGAGACGGAGCUGCAGGCGGCCGAGAAGACGGAGGCGAAGAGUGCGGCGGACUGGCGCGCGGCACAGGGAGCACUCAACACGCACGAGGCUCGGGCGAAGCUCGCGGCGCGCGCACUGGAGGACGACCGGGCCGCGCUCAGCGACAAGGAGGCGCAGCUACGGGAGGUGUCGAGUACUUUCGACCGUCUGCGGGAGGCCUGCACUACCAGCGAGGCCCGCCUGGCCGCGGCGCAGUCUCGCUUCCUGGCCGUGAGCGCCGGCAACGAGGACGCCUCGGAGUCGCUACAGGACCAACUCAUAGCUGCGAAGCAACAAGCUUCGGAAGCGUCGACUCGAAUAUCACAGAGUCAGAUGGAGAAGAAACAUGCGGAGGAUCGCCUCAAGACGCUGGAGAAGGAGUUCAAGAGUAGCAGCGCGCAGUACAAGAGAGAUAUGGAGGGGAUCGAACGACACAGGGCCGAGGUGGAACGACUGGAGGCCCAGUUAUCGUCGAGUACGUUCAGUGUUGAUCAUCGAAGCGCCCUUCAAGAACAGCUGCGGACACUACGGGCCGGCGGGAGGGAGAGGAGGGACCGCGCCGACCAGCUCGCCGCACGUCUACAACGGUGUCACUUUAAGUACACGCCGCCCACCGCCAACUUCGACACUAGCAAAGUAUCCGGUACCGUCUGCAGACUCAUAGACGUCAGAGAUCCGAAGUACUGCACGGCGCUAGAGACGGCGGCGGGCGGACGGCUAUACAACGUGGUGGUGGACACGGACGAGACCAGCAAGCUGUUGCUGCAGAGAGGACAGCUACAGACGAGGACCACCAUCAUACCUCUCAACAGGAUCUCCUCGCAACCACUGGCGCGGGAGACGGUCGCGCUGGCGCAGAAGAUCGGCGGCGGCCCGUCCGAGGUUCAGUUGGCACUCGACCUGAUCGACUUCCCGCCCGCGCUCCGACCGGCCAUGUCCUGGGUGUUCGGCAACACGCUGGUGUGCAGCUCCUUGGAGGCGGCGCGAUGCGUGACCUUCGACCCUCGGGUCAGGUGUCGCUCCGUCACCCUGGACGGGGACGUGUUCGACCCCGCGGGGACACUGUCCGGGGGCGCGCGGGCCCGCGGCGGCUCGCUGCUGUUGGAACUGAAGGAACUCAGGGACCUGGAGACACAGCUGGCGGACGAGGACCAGCAGCUGGCCGAGCUCACCAGACAACUGGAGAACAUGCAGCAACAAGCGGACAAACACGCCGCGCUGCAGCAGAGGUUGGAGAUGAGUCGCCACGCGCUGGCGGUGAGCGAGGAGCGCGCCGCCUGCACCGCCACCGCGCAGCUACACGCGGAGAUACAGGCGCUGAGAGAUAACGUGGCGCGUCUCACAGCGGCCGUGGAGGAGGACCGACACACGCAGCAGCAGACGACCGCGCGCGCCAGGGAACUGGAGAUGAAGGUUAAAGACAUCAAGGGACACAGGGAGAGGCGCUACAAGAAGGCCGAGGAGGAGUUGAAGCUGGCCAAGAAGGAGGCGGAGCAGCACACGGCCUCCUGGAAACACAGGGAACAGGAACACGACACGCUGCGGCUGGAGCUGGAGGAGCUGCGGCGGGCCGUGGAGGGGGGGGAGCGGGCCGUGCAGCUGGCGGGGGAGGGGGCGCUGGGGCUGGAGGGGGAGCUGCAGCGGGCCCGGGAGAUACACGACAGACACGCGAACGACAUCAAAGAGAUACAAAACAAGAUCAAGAUCCAAAAAGCGGAGAUAGCGAGCCGCAGCGGGGAGGUCGCUAACCUCAACAAGAGGAAGGAGGAGCUUGUGGCGAGGAGCAGGGAGCUGGAGCUGGACGUGAAGCAGCUGGAGUACAGGGGCAGGGAGCUGCAGCAGGAGGCCGCCGAGGGGGAGAGGAAGAUCAAGUCCCUGGUGUCUGAGAACCCGUGGAUCCCGUCGGAGCGUCAGUACUUCGGUCUGGCUGGAGGAGCCUUCGAGUUCGGCAGAGACAUGAACUCGAGCGGAGCGCGCCUCACACAGCUCAAGGACAGAAAAGAUCGCCUGGCGCGGGGACUGAACGCGCGGGCUCACACGCUGCUGGGGAAGGAGGAGGAACAGUAUCAAGACGUGAUGCGUAAGAAGAAGAUAGUAGAAGCGGACCGCGCCAAGCUGGUGCAGGUGAUGGCGGAGCUCGACGACAAGAAGAGGAAGACGCUGCUGACCGCCUGCGAACAGGUCAACAGGGACUUCGGGUCUAUUUUCAGCAGCCUGCUGCCUGGAGCACAGGCGCGACUCACACCGCCGCCCGGACAGAACGUACUGGACGGACUGGAGGUGAAGAUCGGGUUCAACAACACGUGGAAGGAGUCCCUGGGCGAGUUGUCCGGUGGUCAGCGGUCGCUGGUGGCGCUGUCUCUAGUGCUGGCGCUGCUUCUGUUCCGGCCCGCGCCGCUGUACAUCCUGGACGAGGUGGACGCCGCGCUCGACCUGUCGCAUACACAGAACAUCGGCCGCAUGCUCAAGGAACACUUCACACACUCACAGUUCAUCAUAGUGUCUCUGAAGGACGGUAUGUUCAACAACGCUAAUGUUCUGUUCCGCACGAGGUUCGCUGACGGGAUGUCGGGCGUCACCAGGACAGACAACAGGCGGAAAAUGGACGAGGAUGUUUUCUACCUGGGUCCAAAGCGUUCAAAAUAUUACAACCCUAACUUUGGGUUCGAGCCGUACUGGAUGGGUGGCAGUUGGGUGUUCGACAGGUUAGAUAGAACAACCGCCAAACCCACCAACAGCAUCUGUGGCAAUCCGUGUCCUGAAAUGUAUAUAUUUGGUAUACAUAACCUGUUUGGACAGAAGACAACAAAAUUAUUCAAUCCUAACUAUGGCUACGAGCCUUACUGGGCUGAUGGAAUCUGGGUGUUCCAGAAUCCAGAACUUCCACCUGGAAUAACGACAACCCCGGUUCCUAUGGUAUGUGGGGAAGAGUGCAUCGAUAUUUACACUAGUAUAGGAAUGGUGUGCGCUCGUCAAGUUGGUAAUCUUAACUAUCAAGGUUGCACACCGACUGUAUUCGCCUGGUACUGUUCCGGGUACGACAUUGACGAACAGUCAGGAGGAUACCACACCUUCCAGACUUACUGCAAGUUCCUCGACGCACAAUGCCGCGCGCCAGACAACCACGACGACAGCUGA